UUCAUACCACACCACUAUUUAAUACUUCGUCGCUCCUUCACAGCUACGCGAAUCUCCGAGGUAUUUAACGAACAACUCAGCAAUCUUGCGCCGUGAUCCGGAAAACAAGCACCUAUAUAUAGACUGGACAAAUGAACCCGACUUCUCCUGUAACCAGUGGAGAGUACGAUUUUCCUUCGGAUCAACAGCCACUCAGCGAUGGAAAACCUUGGAGUCAACGGUCGUGGUCGUAUCAAUUCAUGCCAUGCAGAGGGAUCUAUUUUGAUUUGAAGCGUAGAAUCCCGUUGUAUUCCUCUGAUUGGUGUUUCAACUUCAAGGCCAACAAAUUAAUCCAAGUGUUUUCGGCAACGUUGAGGAUGUACUUUAUCAAUCUAAUGCCUGCGAUUGCAUACUUGAUUGACAUGAACGAUCGCACGGGUGGAAUUUAUGGUAUCAACGAAGCUGUACUAGCUAGCGCUCUGGCGGCCCUCGUCUUUUCACUUUUCAGUGCUCAACCGCUGACUAUCGUUGGAGUGACUGGAUUGAUCAACUUGUUCAAUUAUACUGACUACGAUAUUGUCAAGGAUCAUGGGAUCAAUUACUUGCAAUUUCAAGCUUGGAUGUUGAUAUGGGCCGCCAUAUUCCAUUUUCUGAUGGCGAUCUUCAACUUAUGUGAUUUCACGCGGUUCAUAACCGACAUGACAUCCGAAACAUUCGGUUUCUAUGUCGGUGUGAUCUAUAUCCAAAAAGGGAUCGAACUACUUACUCGAGAAUUCAGUCACUCCGCUACUGACGGUUGGCUAAGUGUUGUUGUGGCAAUCUCGUUCGCAUUGACUGUAUACUGGGUCGAGAAAAUUCGCAAUCGCGGUUUUGGGCCAUUAUGGGCGAGAAGGAUUUUAGCCGAUUAUGCAUUUGUUAUUGCGACAGUAUUUUUCACUGGAUUUGUGCACAUACCAGGAUAUCUGAAAUCGGCAGACUUGGUCAAGUUACCAAUUACCCAAUCUUGGAAACCAACAAUCAAUCGUGAUUGGGUUGUAGACUUCUGGAACUUGGAAGCUAGAUGGGUCUUCAUAGCCUUGCCAUUCGGAUUUCUGUUAACCCUGCUGUUUUAUUUUGAUCACAAUGUCUCUUCCUUGAUGGCACAAGCCCGACAUUUUCCCGUGGAAAAGCCAGCUGGAUUUCAUUGGGAUUUUUUCCUCUUGGGAGUCACCACGUUCAUCUCCGGUAUUCUAGGACUCCCAGCACCGAAUGGCCUUGUUCCUCAAGCGCCUGUUCAUACUGAAAGUCUUUCGGUGCUGCAGCAUGUCAGCUCUGAUGUUCCGGAUCGUGAUGGAGUUGUGCAUCCUGAUCUAGUUAAACACGAUCAAGAACGACGAAGAAGAAUCAAGGAUAGUGGGGAAACUGGUGGCUCCGUGGAUAAUCAAUUACCGGCGUGUAAAAUCGUCAGAACCGAAGUCGCCGAGCAACGACUGAGUCAUCUGGGGAUUGGGCUUCUCACUCUUGGUACUAUGACCCGCCCCUUAUUAGUCGCACUAGGGACGAUGCCCCGCGCCUUAUUUGCAGGAAUAUUCAUUGGAGUAGGGUGGAGCUCGAUAGAAGACAAUGGGAUCAUUGGUAAAACGCUAUACUUGAUCCGAGAUCCAGAAAUGACGCCGCCAAACCAUCCCCUAAACGCAUUACGAAAAAUCACGAUCUUGAAAUUCAUCGGAAUUCAAUGGUUCACAUUCGCCAUUAUGGUUGCGAUUUCUCAAACGAUUGCAGCCAUAGGCUUUCCGCUCGUGAUCAUUGCUCUGAUUCCAUUCCGAUACUACUACGGGCCCCGUUGGUUCACCCCUGCUGAACUGAGCUUGCUUGAUUCUCCUACCGCCAAUGCUCUUGGGGUCAUGGUCAGUAUCGGUGGCGAUCUGUCCCGAGUGACUGGGGAAGGCCUCGAGGUGGCCCCUGAUACAGGCUUCUUGGGCUCUCUUGGUCUCAAUGACAAGCUCAAUCCAGCUAGUCAAAGUGAUGCUGACCUGGAUAGGAGGAAAACCGAAUAAUUGCGCGGUUCUUUCCUUCAUCUAAUAAUUGCGCGGUUCUUUCCUUC